CCACGCUAUUGGCCGCCGAGGGCCCCGCGGAAGGGAGGAGCGACGGGGAUACGAGGACUCGAACGUUUGCUUUUCAGCUGUCAGUCAUGCAAGCCCCGCUGUAUUUCCAACAGUGAGCUCACCUGCACUGUGCAGUCUGUGCAAGACGAACGAAAUGAAUGACCAAAGCUGCCCGAGAUGCAAAACAACAAAGUACAGGAACCCUUCGCUGAAGUUGAUGGUGAACGUUUGUGGACACACGCUAUGCGAGAACUGCGUCGAGAUGCUGUUCGUCCGGGGCUCCAGCAACUGCGUGCAGUGCGACACGCCCCUGAGGAAGAGCAACUUCCGCGUGCAGCUCUUCGAGGACCCCACCAUCGACAAGGAGGUGGAGAUCCGCAAGAAGGUGCUGAAGAUUUACAACAAGCGAGACCGCGACUUCCCCAGCCUGAGAGAAUACAACGACUACUUGGAGCAAGUGGAGGACAUGGUGUUUAACCUUACAAACAAUGUUGAUGUGGAGGACACCAAGAUGAGAAUGGAGCAGUACCAGCGGGAGAACCGGGAGAUCAUCCAGAAGAAUAAAGCCAAGCUUACUCGAGAGCAGGAGGAACUGGAGGAGCUGCUCCUUCAAGAGCAGCAGGGCAAUGAGCAGCGGCGACUGGAUGUGCUGCAGGAGGAGCAGAGGCAACUGCUGGCUAAAAAGAAGAACAAGCAGGCUCUGCUGGAUGAACUGGAAAAGUCUCAGCUUCCUGCCUCCCUCUUGCUUGCCCAACACAAGGCCCGUGUUACCAAGCUGGAGACUCAGAUCGAGCAACAGAAACAGGCCGUCAAAGCCACCAAUCACUUUUCAACAGGAAUUCAGAUGCGUCAAACGGUAUCUCUGCAAGCUGUACCCAAGUUAGAAGAAGCCCUGUACCACUACAACCCCCUCCACAUUGAAACCUACGGACCGCCGGUACCAGAAUUGGAGCAGCUAGGAAGACUUGGAUACUUGAACAACGUGCGGGCCUCCAUGCCUCAGGACACAGCCGGAGGAUACAGCUCAGCUUUGGCGUGUCAUCGAGCAAUCCAGGAUGCCUUCAGUGGCCUCUUCCCCCGUACUGGCUGACCCCAAACUCUGACACAACUUUAAGGACUAUAAAUAAGACAUCACUGAAGAGGACAAACACUGUUGUGGUGGUCAGUGAUGUGAUAUGUAUAAUUGUUUUUUGUGUGUCACUUUUAUAUAUAGAGUAAAUAAAUCACAAUUCAGUCUUUCUU